GCAACUUCUAAAUGGCGGCCAUAUUGAAAAUUUCUUCUCUGGCUACACAGGAAGCUGCGUUCCCUUGCAGAAUUGGAUAUAGAAUCAAUCAACAACAACAAUAUAGCAAAACGUAGUCAUCAUGGCGCCCAGUGAUGUUGACUAUGCCCUACAAACGUUGGUGUCGAAAAUAAAAGAGAGAGAGUUGGAGUCACAACGGGCACUGAGCGAACACGAUGUGGCGAACAGACUCCUGAAAUUGCAGCUUCAGGAACUACAGAAAAAACUAAAUGAAAAGGAGAGCCAGUUAGCGGAUGCCAAUGAGACGAUUCGUGCUCUGAGGAGUGUGACGCAGAUCAUCACUGGUCUGCAGGACGAGAUCAGGGCCCUGCGUACACAGCUGCGGACGUCCCACGCUCAUAAACAUCGACUAGUCACCACACCCAAGAAGAACCCAGCAACCCGCUCCACUUCAAACACAACUCAGGCAUCUGAUAACCUGUCCUGUCACACUCUUCACCCCACUGAGACUGGACCCACAUGUUCAGACUACAUUUCCCAGAAUUCCUCUCAAGAAUGCACCCUUCUGAAACUCAUCUCUGAUUGUGGAAGGACAACCGAUGUGGCUGUUCCAGGGGUCAAACAGGAGGAGCAGGAAGUUUUAAUGGAUGAAGGGGAAGGAGGAGGGCACGAGGACAGGGAGACCGAGGGGCAGGUCCCUGAUGAGUCGCUGAAGGUGGAGAACAGCGAGUGGGACGGGGGCUUUGAAAAUAGCCAUGCAGAAGAGGCCCAGACUGUCCACAGUGCGAAACAAACUGUUGAGAUUCUGAAGGGGAAGAUCCUGAAUCUAGAGGGAAAAGUGGAGUCUUUGACCGAAGAGAGAAAUUUCCUUCGUGAAGGACUGGAGGGUGCCCUAAAAUUGAAAGCUGAAGUUGGUGAACCAUCUCAGCAGCCUUCAAAUCAAACCAUCUCCGAUAUAUCUUCAGACUCAGCCGAAACAUCAGAGUUCGAGCCCUUGCCAAAGAAAAAGAAGAAGGACAGAAGAGAGACUGCUGUGGUGCAGAAUGCAGCCCAAUCUCGGAAAAGGCUGCUGUUGGAGACUCCUCUAAACAGCCAUUCAGGAAGUGUGACCCUGAUAGACACAGUCAGCGAUAAAAGUGAAGAAGAGAGUGACGAGAGCGUGGUGCUACCUCCGAGUAAAAGAGCUACGCUAAACGACGAUAUUGUUACAGCUUUCAAAGAGUGGCCCAGUUUCGUGAAAACGCUAAAAGACCUGGUCACAGCCAUGAAAAUACCAUCUGCCUCACCUGUUUUACCACUGGACAUAUCUUUUAGCGAACCCCCAGUCUCCACUCCUACAAGAGAAAUGGUUCAGCUGCCUGGAGGUCUGUCUAUUCCAAAAAGAAUGUAUGACCGUCUGUCUCGGUCAAAAAUGAGCCUUUUUGCGCAGGAGUUGGCUGUGGUUAUAUUUGGAAGAGACACCUUAGCAAAGUGUAGCCUGACAGGACGAAAAACAAACAAAAGCCCUCUGGACCCUGCUAAAGUGAAUGCAAUUAUUGAUGCUGUCAUUGGACACUUCCCUGGAACCUCACCAUCCGAAAUCAGAGCUGUCCUCCGUCGGAAAUGUAACAACGAAAGUUUUGCUCUUAAGGGGCAAAGUGUAGAUAUGGAAGUAAGGCCCGGCCGAAGUUUUUUCAACUGAUACUGAUUAUGAUAUUUGAGGACUGAGGAUGAUGCUGAUUGCAUGGGACCAGGCUGUUAAAAAAAGAAAUCUGUUUUUUUUCAAUAUGUCAUCUGCUGUAGGCUACCAGGUUUCAGCAAUGUUUUUGCAAUCUUUAGAAUAAAGUGUUUUUUUUGCUGGAAA